AUGAAAACGAAACAUGUCGGCGCUGGAUCGCAUGCCCUUGCUAGGAUUAAACGUCGGCUUUGGAGCCUGCCAUCUGCAUUAGUGCUGCUUUGGAUUGUCGUCCUAUUCUGGGGCGAACGGCGAGUCUUCCAACGGAGCGCAGCACAGUGUCUUUGGCAUCAGUGGGAGUCGUGGCCAACUCACGCCCAACCUCAUCAUGUACUACUUAUAGCAGACCCUCAACUGGUCGAUCCACACACCUACCCGGGCAGACCGUGGCCGCUAUCGUCCUUGACCGUCCUAUACACCGACCUCUAUCUCCAGCGAGCAUAUCGAUAUCUACAAGAGUACCUGCGGCCCGACGCGACGUUGUUCCUCGGCGACUUAUUUGACGGCGGACGAGAAUGGGGGACACUGGAGUCGACGUCUCCAGAAGAGCGAUAUCAAAAGUAUGGCACGGACUUCUGGCUGAAGGAAUACAUUCGUUUCUCCAACAUUUUCAUACGGCCAUGGCUGAAGUAUCCUUCUGCAACCGCGGCUGAACCGACAGGACGCCGGAUCUUGGCCUCGCUUCCUGGGAAUCACGAUCUAGGCUUUGCAGCCGGCAUCCAAGCUCCUGUCAAAGAGCGGUUCGACGCCUAUUUUGGCCCUCUGAACCGCAUUGACAUCAUUGGCAACCACUCCUUCGUCCACCUGGAUACAGUAUCCCUGAGCGCCAUGGACCAAGUCGACCCGGAAACAGGCAGCUCGGGCGCCGGAGACGGGAGUGCCGCCGCAACUGCAUCCAGCAUGAUCUGGAAGCCAGUUGAAGAGUUCCUGGCCGAGGCUAAGACCACCAGAGCCAAGGCGAUUCAACAUACAUGUGAAACGCGGUUCAGUUGGACACAUCCCGCCCCACACCUGUUCUCCCCAGAAGUACGAGAAGCAGCAGAUAAUGAAGAAUUCGAAACAGAAACACCAAAAGCCAGCGCUCCUCAAGUGACUUCAUCCCAAUUUCCGACCAUUGUCCUCUCACAUGUCCCGCUAUACCGGUCCGGCAGUACAUCAUGCGGUCCGAUGCGCGAACGAGGCACCGCCAUCCCCCUACAAGCAGGCUACCAAUACCAAAAUGUCCUCACGCCGCUAGUUUCGCAGGACAUUGUCAAGCAUCUCACGGCCGAGGAGAUCACCAUGAUCUAUUCCGGCGACGACCACGACUAUUGCGAGAUUGAGCACAACGAGUUCACCGGCCGCAUCAGGGAAAUCACCGUCAAAAGCAUGAGCUGGGCCAUGGGCAUCCGUCUCCCCGGCGUCCAACUCGUCAGUCUUUGGAAUCCUAUCGACGUGGACAAUGUCAUGGGGGCUGCCGGGACGACGACAACCCCUAGAGACACAGUCCAGAACCAUCUGUGUCUGCUUCCCGAUCAACUGGGCAUUUUCAUCUGCUAUGGCCAGGUCCUCGCGUUGACCCUUCUGGUGCUUCUCGUCCAAACAGCGCGUUACAAUCCCGAAAAGGCCGUGGCGGACCAGCGCGACAAGGCAGAACCAUUGCUCCCUGUUUUUCGUGAGCAUGGGGACCGCUCCUCCCAGACAUCACAGACAUCCUCGGUUCGUAGCCAUGGUCAAAACUUGUCCACGCGCAAGAUAGGCAGCUACGGACACGUUGGUUCGUCGUCAUCGUCGCGCAGUCGCACACCGUCCCCUCCCCUGGCACCAUCAUCGAAACAGCCCCUUAUAGAUAGUUGCCGCGGUCAUGGCCGGAGCCAUGAAGACGACGACGUGGACCGAGACGACUGGGCCAUGCCCCGCGGUGCAGCGGCCAGCGUCGCCUUCAGCGUUCACAAGCCGACCACCCGCCUCGCCUACCUGGGUAGAUCCAUGUGGCAGGUUGCGUGGCCGGUUUUGUUUUUUUAUCUAUGGUUGAUUUGGAAUGGAUAA